AUGACCUGCAAGGACAGAGUUGGCAUUCACACUACAGCCGCAGCAGAUGAGAUAAGUGGCGCAACCCAGCGGUCUGUACUUGGCCCAGUGCUAUUCCUCAUGUUUAUCAACGACCUGCCCCCGAGUUUGCGGAACUCGUGCUACCUAUUUGCUGACGAUGUAAAGGUGGCCGGCGCAGACCUGGAUGAAGAUAUUGAGGCUAUGCUACCCUGGUCACAAAAGUGGAGCCUGCCAAAUGUCAACGGUUAG